GAUCAGUGUAUCCAGGUGAAAAGCUUGAUUAGUCAGGUCUGUACAGGUAGGUAACUACUACAGAACAGGAGGUGAGCUCACGUUGGUGGGAGUAAACAGAAACUUCGCGCUUCCUGGAAUAUUUUACUUUUAUCGAUUUAACGAAUUAUAAUAUUUUGUAAUGCGGUGUUGUUGAUUAUUGAUGAUACGUGUUCUGAGUGUUUUUAUAAGGAAAUAUAAUACACAGCUGUUAUCGGCGAUUGUUCAAGGUGAAUGGCGAUGCUUUUGCAUUUAUUCAUACUGUAUCAACUGCUUCCCUGUGGAAACUUUGCUUGUAUGAGAAAGUUAUUACACACCACAGGGACAGAGGACCAGUCAAAAGAAGUUUUCGUGCAAGAGGAGCAGGCAAAUGCAUUCUUAGGACGCCAUCUAUUGGCCAACCGAUUUGACUUUGAGCUCUUCACUCCUGGGAAUUUGGAGAGGGAGUGCUUUGAAGAAGUCUGCAACUAUGAGGAAGCACGAGAGGUCUUUGAAAAUGUCCCUCAGACUGAUGACUUCUGGAAAAAGUACACAGAGGAUGAGGACACGCGGCCUUCGCGGCUGGAUGUGACUGCCCUGCUUGUGGGUCUGAUCGCGGCAGGGGUGGCCGUCGUCAUCUUCGGCCUGUUGGUCUGGUACUUCUGCAAGGGGAGUUGUAAGGAUAACCUCUCACGUGCCGGCUCUGUUAGGGUGCGUCCAAGGCGCAGUAAUGCCUCGCUGAUCAUGCGGAGACUGGAUGAGGUCUCUCUGCAGCCCGUGCUCCUGCCCCCGCCGGAGGAGAUUGACCCCCCAGGCCUGCCCUCCUAUGAGGACGCCAUCGGCAAAACCGGAACGCACGACGCCCCACCUCCUCCUUACCCUGGGUCUCAACCUGGAAGUAUUCGACGAUAGCAUCUUUGACCUCGCUGGAUGAAUGUCUCCAUAUUGAGCUUCAUCAACUGAAGAGGUUUAGAUCUAUUUACUUUAUAUGGUUGUUCUCCACUGUGCAUGUUCAAGAUGUGAUUUUAUUGGAUUGUAAUACCUUGUGAUAAUUGUAGAUCUGUGUGACUGAUUAACUCUUUACCUCUUCCGUUACCUGCAAUUCGAGAUGUUUAGCAUAUUUAUCUAUUUGUACAAAUGUUUAGCAAUUUUUCUGUAUGUGCCAAAACUGAUUUAUUCCUCAUCACUUUAUUCCUCACUUAUGUCAACUUUUGAGUUGGACUUGCUUUAACCCAUAACAACUAGUGAGGUAAUACUUGACAUGAUAUAACUUAGUUUAACUGUAACAUGUCAACUGCUCUGCUUUUAUGAAUGGAAAAUUAAGCAUGAGAAACCGUAUUGAGUAUAUACCAGUGUAGGCUGCUGAGGGGAGGACGGAUCAUAAUAAUGGCUGGAACAGAGUGAAUGGAAUGGCAUCAAGCACAUGGAAACCAUGUGUUUUGUAUUUAAUAUCAUUCCACUGGUUCCACUCCAGCCGUUACCACGAGCCUGUCCACUCCAAUUAAGGUGCCCACAACCUGUGGUAUACAUACAAGUCUGCCUACUACAUUUUUACAUUUACAUUUUAGUCAUUUAGCAGACGCUCUUAUCCAGAGCAACUUACAGUAGUGAUUGCAUACAUUCCAUUUCAUGCACUGUUUUUCGUACUGGCCCCCCAUGGGAAUCGAACCCACAACCCUGGCAUUGCACACACCAUGCUCUACCAACUGAGCCACAGGGAAGACACUACUGUAGCCUGUUGGUUAAUGACACAAUAUGAGCAUAGUGUUAGGACAGACUGAGAGAAUUGACACUUCCACAUUCUCUAAAUCAUAUUAGAUGUACAGGGGCUUCUAAAAGUAUUGGGACAGUGACAAUAUUUGUUGUGAGAAAGAUGCACAAAUAUCAUCCCCCCCAAUCUCCCCUGUUAUUGUAAAGGUGAGAGGUUAGCAUGUCUUGGGGGUAUGAUCUUUGUGCAUCUGUAACUUUCAUUAUUCACGAUUCCUUCAGGGUUCUCUGUAAUCAUGGUAGCGUCCACAUUAAUGUAGAAGUGUUUAGAAACAUAUAUUUUAUUUGUCACAUGCGCCGAAUACAACAGGCGUAAACCUUACAGUGAAAUGCUUACUUACAAGCCCUUAACCAACAAUGCUUUAAGAAGUUAAGAAUUUUUUUUUUUUGAUUAGUAGAAAAUACAUUAUUUACCAUGAAUUUCUAUUGGGCACAAAGUAAUCUUAAACACAACCAAAACAAGCAGCAAAUGUAUCCAACACAUUUUAUAGAGGCACAAGCUUGAUGUAAUCAAUGAGUGCUAUGAAUAUGGGACCAAAUACUUAACUUUUUAAUACACAUAUAAGUGAGUUUGUCCCAAUACUUUUGAUCCCCUAAAAUGGGGGGGGGGGGAAUGUACAAAAGGUCCUGUAAUUUCGAAACGGUUCGGCCGAUAUAGAUGAAAAUACCCUCAAAUUAAAGCUGACAGUCGGCACUUUAACCUCCUAGUCGUAUCAUUUCAAAACCAAAGUACAUAGACAAAAUGUGUCACUGUCCCAAUACUUUUGGCGCUCACUGUAUGCGUUGUAACUGCUCAAGUAGACUGUGAGUUUGAUGACAUCACACUCAGUGCUUGACUUGGACUGAAAUACUGUAUGUGCCGGUACUAAUUUACCUGUACUGUUGUUUAUAAUAUAAUUUAUAUUAUAUAUAUUAUAUUUUAUGUCUGUGCAGGAACUCUGCAAUAAUUUUGAGCUAAUAUUCUAUAUGCGGUGCAGAAACUGAAGCAGUAGAACAUUUGUGGUGCCAGUACUCAGUUCCGGUGAGCUCCUGCCCACGUCAAGCACUGAUCACACGCUAUGCUAUUAUGAGUGUCCCAGGAAGUCUUUGCUCUUUUCUGAAGCUCCAUUCAUUAAUGAAGAAGAAACCUAUCGGGGAUAUUUAAUGAAGUGCCUGUUAAAUUGUCAUAACAGGGUGCACUUUUUUUAUAGGGUUUUACAACCACAGGUUGGGAUAAUUAUGUUUUUAUUUCUGGACACUGUUGAGUAGUGGGCUGUUUCUUUACCCAUCCAUUUGUAAAAUAGGAUAUUGAAUUAAUACUGCUCACAUCUGAGCAUGACUUCUGUAAGGAUUAGGAGGAAUAGUGACACAUGUGUGUUUUGUCUUUGGAAUUUAGAUCUAUGAAUGAUGCCAAUGGUGAGGUUGACAUCAUGGGACAAUGUACUGUAUGUGUGCUGGUGAUGCUUGGUUUGACUGAUUGUGUACUUUAAGUCUAUAAAACAUGUGAACUGUCAUUUCAUAAAUUGACAUUUUAAUGAUU